AUAAACGUCAAACAUUUGUUUACCUUUUUUAGAAUUUUUUUUAAUAACAUUCCCUAGCAUUGAAACUAUUUACAUUGUUCAUAUCCGGUGUAAAUCCGAUGCUAAUUCCCCGGUCGUUAUUCGGGAAGGGCAAAGCCACCGUUGCAAAAAAUCGCAUUCCAUACGCAACGUUUGCGUCAUGACAAGCAACCGGAAAUUGAAUAAGAUCCUAAAUUAUUUGACGUAGGGCUUAUAAAAGUGCAUUGUGGUAGACAAUGGUACAGUGAAAACAUCUUGUCAGACUUGCUACACUAAAUAAAUAUAUAUAAUGUGUUACACUAAAUAAAUAAGACAAUGCAAGUCCGACAAGAUGUUAUAAUAAGUUAUUAUGCAAUUUGAGAAUUUUGCUCUGGGGAAGAUGUGAACUGAGGCAGAGAUGAUCGGGUGGCAUGGAGUUUUCUAUAUCGAAAAAAACAAUAGUUGCCCUACUUAUCUUGGCAGCUAUCUCAUUUUAUAUCACUUUUAUCUUUAAUUCUUGUAUCGUGAGCAACAUAUCCAAUGAAAUACCUAAGUGGAGACACACACCAGUGGUAGUAAACGAAAUACCCCUUCUACAAUACCCCGCUACAUUGGUAAGGGUGGUGUCUCUCUUGGAAAACAAUGAAACCGACAUAUCCCCCAAAUAUAGACUGUUUAGGGAACAAGGGCUCAGACCCGCAAGGCAACUACCCAGUGCUUUAAUUAUCGGAGUAAAAAAGGGCGGCACCCGAGCCCUUCUCGAGUUCAUCCGGAUCCAUCCGGACGUGAGGGCGGCCGGUAGCGAGGUGCAUUUUUUCGAUAAAAACUACCAUAAGGGCUUCCAGUGGUACCGGGACCACAUGCCGCCCACCCUCGAUGGACAAUUGACCAUCGAAAAAUCGCCAUCGUAUUUUGUAACUAAGGAGGCGCCCCGUAGGGUGCAAAUGAUGAACCCCUCGACGAAACUGUUGGUGGUCGUAAGAGAUCCCGUUACUAGGGCGAUCUCGGAUUACACUCAAGCCACCUCGCACAAAUCCCUAAAACCUUUCGAGGAUUUGGUGUUUGUGAACGGGACGGUGGGUAGUAUAGUGGACACGUCGUGGGGCCCCAUAAAGCUCGGCCUCUACUAUCGCUAUCUGACCCGUUGGCUCAAGUUCUUCCCGUUGUCCCAGCUGCUCUUUAUUAGCGGCGAGAGACUCAUUUUGGACCCCGCUAUAGAACUAAAACGGGUCCAGGACUUUUUGGGGCUCAAACGGGUCGUCACCGAGAAACAUUUUUACUUUAACACGACCAAAGGGUUCCCGUGUUUGUUUAAGAGCGAGGGGCACAGCGCCCCCCACUGUUUGGGUAAAACGAAGGGCAGGAAUCAUCCGUACGUGGACCCGGUGGUGGUGAGCCGCUUGCGGGACUUUUAUCGCCCUUUUAACGUCAGAUUUUACCAGAUGACCGGCAUUAAUUUUGGUUGGCCGUGACUUCUGAGGGAAUCUAGUUGACGUAUGAUUGAAUUCGAUGAUACAAAGAACUUGAAGCUUUAAUUUAAUCGUAUUAGGAUAAGCUUUAUUAACAGUAUUGUUUACUUAAUACCUAAUAUUUAGGUAGGCCCAAAGAUUUACGUUUAAGCCCCAAAAAUGCACAUUUAUCACUAAUUUAUUGCUCAAGUACACAUACAUACUAAUCUACCCCCUAAGAAUACUUACAAAUAAUGUGGUUGUUCAAAUAAAAAACCUUUUUAUA